AUGAAUCAAUAUUCAUAGAAAAUCUUAGAGAAAAGAGAGAGUUUUGCUGAAAUUGAUGAACAAGUAAACUUAGUUUAUGGAGAUUAAGUAGAAAAUGUAAUAGAAAAGUCAUAAUAACCAUAGCUUAAAUAUAUGAUGUAAUCCUUUUUAUUUUAUUGAAGGAGCUCAAGCUCAUCAAAUGAUAAGGAUGAACCUAUAUAAAAUUCUUCUUUGAAAGAAUUUCAUUUGAAUUCGAUUGAGUUAAAAGUAAACAACUAAUUUUAGAAUGACAUAGAAAUUUAAAGUUAUAAACAUACAAACGAUAGUGUUUAAGAUUUUAAUUACAAUGAACAAAAUAAACCUAUGAGAACUAGAAGAAAACUAAAUGUUUAUAAAUCAUUAAUAGAUUUUCAGUCUGAGAAUAAUUCGUCUUCUUAAAAUUAAAGUAUUGUUAUUUGUAAAUGUACAAAAUCAAAUUGUUUAAAAUUAUAUUGCAAAUGUUUUCAUUAAAAUAAAAAAUGUAAUGAUCUUUGCAAUUGUAUAGAAUGUAAAAAUAAGGAAGAAGAUUUUGGGAUUAGAUUUAAUGCUUUAGAGAAAAUCAAAUAAAAAUUACAUAAAUAGAAUAAUGAUGAUGAUUUAUUUGAUAUAUCAAAGAUUUGGGGAUGUAAUUGUUAAAAAUCUUAAUGUUAAAAGAAUUAUUGUGAAUGUUUUGUAAGAAAUUAGAAAUGUUCUUCAAUUUGCAGAUGUAAAAAUUGUGCAAAUAAAAAAAAAUUCCCAUUCUAACAAUAAAAGAAAUAGAAGAUCUAAACUUAGGUUUGA